AUGGCCUCCCCUUCAUUCCCCCAGCCUCACACGCCAUCCGAUGGGCAGCUCGAACGAGAUACCGACUUGCUGAUUCAAAACUUUCUUCCUCCACCUGGUCCACCUCCUGCUUACGCUGCACCGUCUCUCCCUCUCCCCUUUUGUGUCCCUCAAAUCGCACCGUCAUACGAAGCACCGUUUGCCAGGGGCUUUAACCCUGCAAUCAACGCUGUGGGCGUCCCACAAGAUGAAUUCCUCGCUUUCAUUGAUGGCCUCAAUAAUGCGAUAACUGCUAGUCCCCCUCUUCGUGUCGUUGACGUUGCCGGUAAAGUCAUUGGGUUCAUCCCAUAUCAUUGGACGAUAAUUGCGGGUGCAGUCAUGCAAACGGUUGCCCAAACAGGAAUGCAUAUCCUGUCGAAAACUUUGACAGACCGCUAUCUGCGGGCCGCUAACGAACGGAUUUUCCACCCUCGAAAUUUAUCUGUGCGCCUCUGUACCAGUGCUGCCAUGCAAGAGAUCGUAAAGCAUAGUGGGAAUGGAGCAGGGCCUUCGACACUCGACAAAAUCGGACGUGGAGUCGGAACAGUCUUAUUGCACGCGCCAAUCCCCUUUUCCAGUCGCAUCGUCCGCUCCAUCGCUGACAGGCCUCCAAAAGUGCCACCUUCAAUCAGCUCAGUGGGAGACGGCCAGUACAUGACCUUGUCGACUCAGCGUAGACUUGCUGCCCUUGAAGGCCACGCUCUUCCAGUCAACUUCGAAGUGCCCCCUCCAGCCAAGCCCGCCGAUAUCAUGGGCUCAAUCAACCAGUUCGGUGUCAAGUUUGACACCUGGCGGACCAACAGGAAGGAGAGCAGAAUCGAAAGCCGUCGUCGCGAACUAGCGCGAGUCAAUUCAGCCCUUCAGCAGCUGGGCAUCAAUCCUGGACAGGUGCAAGGGCCAAUCCAGGCAGGCGGCAGUACCCAAUAUCUCGAUUGGAGAGACCGGCGUGAAGUUCGGAGGGCUGCACGCCGAGAACGCCGGCGGGAGCGACACGGGCCCGGCUUGAUCGGCAGCUUGAUCGGGCCGAAGGAGAGCCGUCUUGAGCGACGAGUGAAGAACGCCGACUUGCUCGAGCACUGGGCAGCGGACAAGGUGCUUUGGGUCGUCAUCAUGAACAAGGAUUUGGACAAGACGAUUGGCGGAUUACAACAUGCAGAUGGCAAGGAAAAUAUGGAGCGCGUUGAUGCUGAGACGUGGAAGAAUCAAGUUUUGAAGGAGAAGGAGGAAUUGGACGCCGAGUCAAGCGAUAGUGAGAGUGAAGAUGAAGAUGAAGCCGACCGCAAACAUUGA